AUGCUGGGUCAGUAUCUACGCCAGUUUGGUCAGAAGCUGGUCCGCAGGAAGCCACCAUUCAGGGAGGAACCUGAGAGUCCCGAGACCCAUCCUCCGAACACCCUGGGCCUGGUGUGGAUAGGUUUGAACAACAUGUUGGGAGCUGGCAUAUACAUCCUGAUUGGAGGAGUGGCCAAAUUCGUAGCUGGACCAGCAAUCAUCCUUUCCUUAUUGGUGGCCGGUGUGACUACUGUGUUGUCUGGGCUCUGCUAUGUCGAGUUGGCAGCCAGAGUAAAACGACCUCUUACUGGGUAUUUUGUGAGCUAUGUCACGAUGGGACAACUGUAUGCCUUCAUCACUGGCUGGAACCUCUUACUGUAUUUAAUUGUUGCCACUGCCUGUAUAGCCCGGGCCUGGAGCUCCACCUUUGACAGCCUGAUUGGGAACCACAUCUCUGAGGCAUUAGGGGGAACUUUCUCUCUGCAAAUGCCCUACUUCCUGGCCUCAUUUCCAGACUUUCUUGCCCUGGGCCUGGUGCUGCUGCUCACAGGACUACUGGCUCUGGGAGUUUAUGAGUCAACCCUGAUUAGCAAAGUGUUCGCAGGCUUGAACAUUUUGGUUCUCAGCUUCAUCAUCAUCUCUGGCUUCAUUAAGGGAGACCUGCACAACUGGAAGCUCACAGAAGAGGACUAUACACUGGCUGCAGCUGGAGCUGAUGAUGCCUAUAGCUUGGGCCUUCUGGGUUCUGGAGGGUUUGUGCCUUUUGGCUUUGAUGGAAUUUUCCAGGGAGCAGCUACAUGUUUCUACGCAUUUGUUGGUUUUGCUCACAUUGUCAGAGCAGGGGAAAAAGCCAGCAACCCUCAGUGAUCCAUCCCUUUGGCUGUCGUGAUCUCCUUCUUCAUCUGCUUUUUGGUGUGUUUUGGUGUCUCGGCGGCCCUCACCCUCAUGGUGCCCUACUACCUGAUUCAGCUCGAGAGCCACUUGCCGCAGGCCUUCAUCUAUGUUGAGUGGGAGCCUGCCAAAUACGUCGUGGCUGUUGGCACCCUCUGCAUUCUUUCAUACAGCCUUCUGAGUAUCAUGUUUAUCAUGGCUCAGUUGACCUAUGCGAUGGCAAAGGAUGGGCUCCUUUUCCGGGGACUUGCCUGGAUCCCUGCCCCCACCGAUGCCCGAACCCCCAUCAUGGCCGUCUUGGUUCCUGGAGCUCUUGCAGCGGUCAUGGCGUUACUCUUCGACUUCACUGACCUGGUGGACCUCAUGUCACUUCGGUCCCUGCUGGCUUACUCCCUGGUGACAUUUUCUGUCCUUGUCCUCAGGUAUCAACUAGUCCAGAAUGGAAGCAAGAAGAAGAAAACAGCGGAGGAAAUUGAGAUGGAGCCUGAAGCUGAAGGAGGUCCUUUGGAAUCUGAACCUGAAGCAGGAAUCUCACGCAUUCUGAAGAGUCUAUGGUUCCCUCCCAGCACCAUCCCCACCCAGAGAUCCGGCCAGAUUGUCUAUGGAUGUGCCUCCCUGCUUGUUCUCCUGCUGACCAUUCUGAGCCUGAUCCUGGCCCAGUGGCCCAGCCAGGUGUUCUCUGGAGACCCCGUGCUCACAACAGUGGCUGUGCUGCUGCUGCUGCUCAUCACUGGGGUCACGGUCAUCAUGUGGAGGCAGCCCCAGGACCUCUCUCAUCUUAUCUUCAGGGUCCCUGCUUUGCCUGUCGUCUUCCUGGCGAGCACCUUUGUGAAUGUUUACUUGAUGAUACAGAUGACCACUCAGACCUGGGUUCAGUUUGGCAUCUGGACGGCGAUUGGAUUUGCCAUAUACUUUGGAUAUGGGAUCCGACACAGCCCAGAGAACAAUGGGACAUAGCCACCAGCCUCCACUUCCCAGUCUUAA